UCUGCAUUUAUCAGCUUAAAAUUUUGAUGUACUAUCUAUUUUAUUCCGAUUACAACAAAUCUAUAAGUAUAACUUUCAAACAUUCAAGAGGUUAGAAAAAACAGCGGUUAAUUCAAUAAUACUUGCUAUGGAAUUUCCCUCAAGUUUGGAUUGCAUAUGUCGAACUUGCCUCUCUGAAACUGAUAGUAAUACUAGUGUUUUUAGUGAAGAUAAUCAUCAAAACUGUAAAAUAUUUUCUAUGAUUGCAGCGUGCAGUAACAUGAAGAUAAUAGCAAAUGAUGGUCUGCCGGACAAAAUAUGCUCAAAAUGUGUAGAUUCGGUUAGAAAUGCUUUCGCUUUUAAACGGCAAUGUGAUAUUGCUCAUCAAACGCUUCAAUCAUUUUCUGCACAAUGCAAGUCAUCAUCUGGUCUUCCAGCAAUUCCAAACGAUGAAAAAUUGGAUUUGCCAGCAGUAACUGAAAUGUUUUGUAAAGAGAGUAGUAUGGUCUUUGCUAUUGAGUACUCACCAGAACCUACAGAUUCUAAAAGUGACAAAAGUAGAAUGAAUGUAAUAUUAGAAGACAACCCGAACAAAGCAGAAACUUUUGAAAAUGUUGAGUUUUUAACGGAAAAUAUCGAGGAACUCGUCAAACAGGAACAAGAUAAUCCAUGUUUUAUAGAAGCUGAAAUAUGCGACGAAACACUUGAUAGUUUCGAAGCGGACUAUGAAUCUUGUAAUCGCACAGUAAAAACUUCAGAAAAAAAAUCCACAAAUAAGCAAUGCGAAUACUGCGAUAAGAUUUUUGGUAGAUCGACACAUCUUCGACGUCAUUUGUUAACUCAUACAAAGGAGAAACAUUUCAAUUGUAAAAUAUGUAGCAAAGCAUUUUCACGGAGCGAUCAUUUAGCAAUUCACGAAUCAACUUUCCACUCCCAAGAACGCCCGUUUGCAUGUGAGCUAUGUGAAAAGAGCUUCAAACGAAUGGAACAUUUACGAACUCAUGUUGAAUCGAAGCACAGCGAUUCUGAGAUUGUUAAAAAGCGAGAGUUUUGUAAUAUUUGUAAUAAAGGAUUUUCAUCAGUAAGAUAUUUAGAAACGCAUAAAAAAAUCCACAAUCAGCAAAGAGUAUCUGACUGCAAAUAUUGCGAUAAAAAUUUUGCUAAUAAAACUGAGCAACGGCAACACAUGAAGCUUGAGCACCAAAAAGGUACUACGUUUCUUUGCUCUGAAUGUGGACAAAGUUUUAUGCGAAAUGAUUAUUUAUUAGUGCACAUGAGGCGACAUAAUGGAAUUAAACCGUACAAGUGUAAAUUUUGCUCGAAAGCUUUCCCUAGAGCUACCGAUCUGAGAGUGCAUGAAAAAUAUCAUACCAAUGAUAAAGCUCAUUUGUGCACAACAUGUGGAAAAGGAUUCCACAGAGCAUAUAAUUUGCUAAUUCAUAAUCGAACACAUAAUGGAUUCAAACCAUACAGCUGCCCACAUUGUCAGAAAAGUUUUACCCAAGGUAAUGAUUUGAAAGCUCAUAUUCGACGCCACACUGGAGAGCGCUUCAAAUGCGAAAUAUGCAAUGAAGGGUUUAUUCAGUAUUACCAAUUGAACAACCAUAAGCGAUCAAUUCAUAAUAUAAAUAUUGCGAACAGCGUGCGGCGAGUUACGAAGUAUAUAACUACGACUGCGCAAGAGCAACAAGUUUCAUUACAAAAGCAACAAGAACUAUUGAAGCAACUGGUCAACCAACAGCGAGAGCUUAAAGAAAAUGCGGCAAAAGUGGAAAGUUGAACAAAAAGAUCAUGAUUGAGAUGUGGAAAAACAAAAGCUUGAAACAAAGCAGAGAAUUUCCGAUGUUAACCCUUUAUAAGACCGUCGAAACUGCGCUAGGAACCGACACAAGUUCAGUAAACCGUUAUAAAAUGUAAAAAUAUUCCUCAAAUUAACUUGGACUUGGAGAGUUGCAAGAUACGCCUAAAAGCCCUUGGUUAAGCAAAAUUUAUAAACAAUAUUCUUGGUGCAGCGCAAAAAGAAAAUGUUUUCGUUGGUGGCAAUAUAGUUGCCACUGCCUUAUGAAGGGUUAAACCAACAGGGAUGGCAACGUGCUAUCUUUUUCUGUGUUGAAUAAGUGAAGAGUCUUCCCGACUAAAGUGAAAAGUAUAUGGAACUUUUGCUGGGCGCCUACUGUCGAACGUGUAGAGUUUAGAUAGGGCUGCCAUCCCUUUGGGUUAAACGCAUAUACCACGCUGAAGUAUACAUUUACAAAACUUAAGAUGAUCGAUUUUCAAGUUUUGUUAACUUGUACUAUAAUUUAAAUUAUGCCAACCCUGCAAUGUCCAGUCCUGAAAAAAAACCACAAAAAAAAAGAGAAGCUGAUAAGUAAAGUUCUAAAGCUUCUUUCAUGUAGUAUCCGGAAAGAUUGUCAGUUGUAUAGCAGUGUUUUGAUAGUUUUUUGUUUGGAAACUUUUCGCUUUCGCCUUUGAAGUUCCAUCUCGAUUCAUAAGUUCGACGAAAGUUGUGCUAUGUUGUGUAAGUUUGAAGAAAAAAGAAAAAUAUUCUGCACAUUACUCUGAAAAUUGCAAGAACACUGAAAUUCGUCCAAUCAACUUUGUAUGAUGUGCUAUCACGAUUCCAAGAAGGGAUGACCGUAACCUGGAAGGAUAAGAGUGAGCGUCGAAACAUGCAGCUGAACUGAAAGGUGUUGAUGGCAAUCAAGGUAAACCCAGGACUCUUGGAUCGAAAUAUCGUCAAAAAAUAUGGCGCUAACGAUAGUUCGAUCCGGAGGAUCCGUCUACAAAGAGACUACUGAUCUUCCCGUGCCUGUAAGCAACCCAACAGGACGCUUAAGCAAACGUACUGGCUGAAACAUGCGCUCAAAAGUUGUACGAAAAGGUUCUGAUGAAGUACAAAGGAUGCUUGCUAAUGGUCGACGAUAGAGAUGGUCGGGUAUGGGAAAUUUGUUACCCGUACCCGACUCAUCGAGAAUUUUCAAACCCGUACCCGAUCCGAACCCGAAGCCGGGUUUGUUUGAAAUACCCGUACCCGACCCGAACCCGAAAAAUUUUGUUUUCAACUACCCGUACCCGA